GUAUACGGCAGCGAGAGAAAGAGAGAGAGAGAGAGAAAGUGAGAAAGGAAGGGAUAGGAAGGAGAGAGAAAGAGAGAAGGCGGUGCAAACCCGUAGAUGCCGAAGAACGGGUUUAACGCAGCGAGUUAACUCGAAGAUGGCCGAAUCGGUGGAUGCGCCGGUGGUCCCAUCGGUCUUUGUCGCGAACAGUGCAGUGUCCAACCGUGGUCGCAUCUCGUUCUCCAACCUCGAACUAAAUCCUUCGAACCGUGAACCGUCCUCCGCUUCCGACUCGAACCUCCCGGACUCGAACGUUUGACAGUGUAUUUUGUGCCGAAAUCUCGAAACAAAAUAUUGUUAGAUUAUGGGGGGACGUCUGAUCGAGGAUUCCACGUCCUUCGAGCUCGUUCCUUCGUUGGAAAAAGCAGCGACAGAAUUAAAGAAAAAUGCGAAUCAUCACGAGUAUGUCGUUGCUCUGUCGAUCCUCGUUAUGGGAGAAGCGGGAUUUUGCAUUGACGACACCACAUGUUCGAGAGAGGAGGAAGAGAAUAUCGGCGAAGCGUUGAGUCCGAACGAGCCGAGAUGUAGUCUCAGUGAAAAUGGAAGUUAUCAAUUGAAAUUCAAGCACGAGAGUGGCAACGACCGUUUGGACUGCAAACUCGUGGCGGUGCCGAUCGGUGACGUUCUUCUUAUUAAUUUAUGUCCCUCGAACGACAAUUCCGGCGUAACGAAGUCGAGAACCCUCGCAUUUUCGAGCUUCAAGUACAUCAAUCCGUAUUCGAGCGACUUGACCGGACGUUUCAUGAAUCUCCGAGAAUUUUCCCACAGAUUCAAAGAUAACCUCGUGACACCAAUGAAGGGAGAGAUUUUAACGAAUGCCGGAAUCACGAACGCCAGUUUAUCCGGAUUACCGACCGAGCUUAAAAUCAAUAUUCUCGGGAUGCUCGGAGUCCCCGAGAUCCGCCGGGCAGCUCAGUGUUGUCGGGAAUUUCGAGAACUUUGUGCCACGCUACGAAGAUGAUGCUUCCUCUUUUAAUUUUACCUUUUAAACAUUUUUUACUCGUUUUUUCAUCACGUGUAUUCAUUUUAGCUUCCAGUACAUUCAAGGCUCGAAUAAAUAAAAUAAUCAAUCA